CUUGUCAGCACCUUAAUACCUGGCCCUAAUAAAUAAGCAAUAAUUGCUGUCUACAUAGAUAAACAAAAUCUCUAUACAUUAAUGUAUAUAACCCCCCUUAAAAACGAUAAAAAAUAUAAAAAUUAACGUAAAUAUUGCACGACAUUAGUCGUUAUCACAUUCGGAAUAUAUAUUUUUUUCAGUAAAAAGUGAAUAUAUGUGCCACUGAAUUGAACUACUGGAUCUAUAAAAAUGGGUGUCUCUGGUACUCUGGUAGUGUCCACACUACUCAUUUUAUACAUUUCAAGGAUGGCCGCAGCUAUAGACUCUGUUUGUGAUUACCGACAACAGUUAACAACGGGUGCAUCUUACACCUUUAACAACUAUGGUUCUCCAAAUAGCUAUCCGAUUGGAAGUGACUGCCGAUGGUGGGUCCAAGGUGAUGUAGAUACUAGAGUCUAUCUUACUUGCACGAUAGACAUUCCACUGACAAGUAACUGUGGCGGAGACAAGUUUAGAGUCUCUCUUAUAGGUGAUGGUACCUACUUUUCUGAUGCUAGGAACUACUGCGGAUUGCAAACAAUAUCACUAGUCUCUACGAGAAAUACUCUCGCUGUGGAAAUGUAUUCAACGAUUUAUUCAUCCGGAGGGGUGUUCAGCUGUUCAAUAAAGGCUGUUCGAAAUCCUGUUACUACAACUACCCCAGCACCCACUUGUGACUGUGGUUGGAAGCAAGCAACCAGAAUUGUCGGUGGGGAUGAUACUGGUGUCCACGAAUACCCUUCAAUGGCAGCUUUAUUAGAUAACUCUAUCCUUGAGGUCAUAUGUGGGGCAGUUAUCUUAAAUCAGCGAUAUGUUAUGACUGCAGCUCACUGUCCAACUAUAGUUACAAUGGACAAAAUGAGCAUCCUCGUAGGAGGUUGGGAUAUGUCUCAGGUUGAUUCUACCAAGGAAUACGAAGUAUCAAAUUAUUGGAAGCAUCCCCAGUAUGAUGCUAACACCCAAAUCAACGACAUAGCUAUUGUGCAAUCACGUUACCUGAUAGCGUUUUCCUUGGACGUUGGACCAAUUUGUUUACCAUUUAUAUACGAACAAUAUAAUUUUAACUACCAAAGUGUUACUUUAUUAGGAUGGGGUCAAACAUUUUACAAUGGUCCUUCUUCCGAUAUCCUCCAGAAAGUUAAUGUCCAAGUAACGAAUAACUCGUACUGCCAAAAAAUGAUGCCCGGUAAUCAGAUUACGCAAGCUCAAAUAUGUACUUACGCCUCAGGUAAAGAUGCCUGUCAGCAUGAUUCUGGAGGUCCUGUAAUUUGGCAAGAUUCUGUUAGUAGAAGACUGUAUGCAGUUGGAGUUAUUUCUUAUGGAUUAGGAUGCGCUACAAAUCGUCCAGCUGUAAAUACUAGAGUUACGAGCUACUUGGAUUGGAUUGUAAAUAUUAUACAAGAUUAUGGCUUUUGUAUGAAAUAAUUUUGUUUGUAUGAUAUAAACCAAGAACUUAAAAAAUAGUAAUUAAAAUAUAUUUGUUGUUAAAUGUUGUAAUAUACAAAAUGUUACUUUAUUA